CGGCGCUGGUUGUUGUCGUGAGUGAGCCGCCCCGCCCCUCCUCUCCCUCCCCUCCCCCCGGCCCUGCGCACGGGCCGCCCCUCCCCCCGCCUCCCCGGCCCCUCUCACGGUGCCAAGAUGGCGGCGGCGGCGGGCGGCGGCAGUUGCCCCGGGCCUGGCUCCGCGCGGGGCCGCUUCCCGGGCCGGCCGCGGGGCCCCGGCGGGGGCGGGGGCCGCGGCGGACGGGGCAGCGGGGCCGAGAGAGUGCGGGUAGCUCUGCGGCGCGGCGCCGGCGCGGCGGGGCCAGGCGGAGCCGAGCCCGGGGAGGACACGGCCCUGCUCCGUUUGCUGGGGCUCCGCCGGGGCCUGCGCCGGCUCCGCCGCCUGUGGGCCGGCCCGCGCGUCCAGCGGGGCAGGGGCCGGGGCCGGGGCCGGGGCUGGGGCCCGAGCCGGGGCUGCAUGCCGGAGGAGGAGAGCAGUGACGGGGAAUCCGACGAUGAGGAGUUUCAGGGUUUUCAUUCAGAUGAAGAUGUGGCCCCCAGUUCCCUGCGCUCUGCGCUCCGAUCCCAGCGAGGUCGAGCCCCCCGAGGUCGGGGCCGCAAGCAUAAGACGACCCCCCUUCCGCCUCCUCGCCUAGCAGAUGUGGCUCCUACCCCCCCAAAGACUCCUGCCCGGAAACGGGGUGAGGAGGGCACGGAACGGAUGGUGCAGGCACUGACUGAACUUCUCCGGCGGGCCCAGGCACCCCCAGCUCCCCGGAGCCGGGCAUGCGAGCCCUCCACUCCCCGUCGGUCUCGGGGACGGCCCCCAGGACGGCCAGCAGGCCCCUGCAGGAAAAAGCAGCAAGCAGUAGUGGUGGCAGAAGCAGCUGUGACAAUCCCCAAACCUGAGCCACCACCUCCUGUGGUUCCAGUAAAACACCGAACUGGCAGCUGGAAGUGCAAGGAGGGGCCCGGCCCAGGACCUGGGACCCCCAAGCGUGGAGGACAGUCUGGGCGAGGAGGUCGUGGAGGCAGGGGCCGAGGCCGAGGAGGGCUCCCCUUCGUGAUCAAGUUUGUUUCAAAGGCCAAAAAAGUGAAGAUGGGACAGUUGUCCUUGGGACUUGAAUCAGGUCAGGGUCAAGAUCCACAUGAAGAAAGCUGGCAGGAUGCCCCCCAAGGAAGAAUUGGGUCUGAACAGGGAGAGGGCCCCUGCUGGAAGAAGGAGCAGAAGCUGGAGGAAAAGGGAGAGGAGGAGAAAGAAGAGGAGAAAGACGAGGAGGAAGGGGAAGAGAAGGAAGAGAAAGCUGUAGCUGAGGAAGAGGAGAGCGUAGCUGAGGAAAAGGAAGAGGCAAAGCUGCCAUCACCACCCCUGACUCCUCCAGCCCCUCCACCUCCUCCACCCCUCCCACCCACCUCAACAUCUCCUCCAUCCCCACUUUGCCCUCCCCCACCCCCAGUGUCCCCUCCACCCCCACCAUCCCCUCCACCACCUCCUGCCCCAGAGGAGCAGGAGGAAUCCCCUCCUCCUGUGGUCCCAGCUACAUGCUCCAGGAAGAGGGGCCGGCCUCCCCUGACUCCCAGCCAGCGGGCAGAGCGGGAAGCUGCUCGAGCAGGGCCGGAGGGCACCUCUCCUCCCACUCCAGCUCCCAGCACCACCACCACAGGAGGCUCUCUGGAAGACAGCCCCACUGUGGCCCCCAAAAGUACCACCUUCCUGAAGAAUAUCCGGCAGUUUAUUAUGCCUGUGGUGAGUGCCCGCUCUUCCCGUGUCAUCAAGACACCCCGGCGAUUUAUGGAUGAAGAUCCCCCCAAACCCCUAAAGGUGGAGGUCUCACCUACUCUGCGGCCUCCCGUUGCCGUCUCCCCACUUGCCCCCCAGGAACCAUCACCAGCCCCCUCUCCACCUCAUGCCCCAACUCCCCCAUCUACCCCAGUACCACUCCCUGAGAAGAGACGGUCCAUCCUGAGGGAACCCACAUUUCGCUGGACUUCACUGACCCGGGAGCUGCCCCCUCCUCCCCCAGCCCCUCCACCAGCCCCACCCCCACCUCCUGCCCCUGUCACUCCAUCCCGGAGGCCCCUGCUCCUUCGGGCCCCUCAGUUUACCCCAAGCGAAGCCCACCUGAAGAUCUACGAAUCGGUGCUUACUACUCCUCCUCUUGGGGCCCCUGAAGCCCCUGAGCCAGAGCCUCCUCCCGCUGAUGAUUCUCCAGCUGAGCCUGAGCCACGGGCAGCGGGCCGUACCAACCACCUCAGUCUGCCUCGAUUCGCCCCGGUGGUUGCCACUCCUGUUAAGGCUGAGGUGCCCCCUCCUGCGGUUCCAACUCCGAGCAAUGGGCAGCAGCCUCAGGCUCAGCUACAGCAGCCCCUGCAGGCCUUGCAAACCCAGCUGCUGCCCCAGGCAUUACCACCCCAGCAGCCACAACUGCAGCCACAGUUACAGCUGCAGCCACCGCCACCACCACAGCAGCCAUCACCCCUGGAGAAGCCCCGGAUUGCAGGUCUGGGUUCCUUACCACUGUCUGGUGUGGAGGAGAAAAUGUUCAGCCUCCUCAAGAGAGCCAAGGUGCAGCUAUUCAAGAUCGACCAGCAGCAGCAGCAGAAGGUGGCUUCUCUGAUGCCGCCAAGCCCUGGAGGGCAGAUGGAGGAGGUCAUGGGGACUGUCAAGCAGAUCUCAGAUAGAGCUGCUGUCAGGUCUGAAGAUGAAUCAGUGGAAAUUAAGAGAGAGAGACCAUCGGGCCCUGAGUCCCCCGUGCAAGGUCCCCGCAUCAAACACGUCUGCCGUCAUGCUGCUGUGGCCCUGGGGCAGGCCCGGGCCAUGGUGCCUGAAGACGUCCCCCGCCUGAGUGCUCUCCCUCUCCGGGAUCGGCAGGACCUCGCAACAGAGGAUACUUCAUCAGCAUCUGAGACCGAGAGUGUCCCGUCACGGUCCCGGCGGGGAAAGGUGGAGUCAGCAGGGGCUGGGGGAGACUCAGAGCCUGCAGGGUCCGCAGGGACCCUGGCCCAUACACCCCGGCGCUCUCUGCCCUCCCAUCAUGGCAAGAAGAUGCGGAUGGCACGGUGUGGACAGUGUCGGGGCUGCCUGCGUGUGCAGGACUGUGGGUCUUGUGUCAACUGCCUGGACAAGCCCAAGUUUGGAGGCCCCAACACCAAGAAGCAGUGCUGUGUAUACCGGAAGUGCGACAAGAUAGAGGCUCGGAAGAUGGAACGGCUGGCUAAAAAAGGCCGGACGAUAGUGAAGACGCUGUUGCCCUGGGAUUCCGAUGAAUCUCCUGAGGCCUCCCCUGGUCCUCCAGGCCCACGCCGGGGGGCGGGAGCUGGGGGGCCCCGGGAGGAGGUGGUGGCCCCCCCAGGGCCGGAGGAGCAGGACUCCCUCCUACUGCAGCGCAAGUCAGCCCGGCGCUGCGUCAAACAGCGACCCUCCUAUGAUAUCUUCGAGGACUCGGACGACUCGGACCCCGGGGGUCCCCCUGCUCCCCGGCGUCGGACCCCUCGAGAGAAUGAGCUGCCAGUGCCAGAACCUGAGGAGCAGAGCCGGCCCCGCAAACCCACCCUGCAGCCUGUGUUGCAGCUCAAGGCCCGAAGGCGCCUGGACAAGGAUGCUUUGGCUCCUGGCCCCUUUGCUUCUUUCCCCAAUGGCUGGACUGGAAAACAGAAGUCCCCUGAUGGUGUGCACCGGGUCCGUGUGGACUUUAAGGAGGAUUGUGACCUGGAGAACGUGUGGCUGAUGGGCGGCCUAAGUGUGCUCACCUCUGUGCCAGGGGGCCCACCGAUGGUGUGCUUGCUGUGUGCCAGCAAAGGCCUGCAUGAGUUGGUGUUCUGCCAAGUGUGCUGUGACCCUUUCCACCCAUUCUGCCUGGAGGAGGCAGAGCGGCCCCUGCCCCAACAUCAUGACACCUGGUGCUGCCGCCGCUGCAAGUUCUGCCAUGUCUGUGGGCGCAAAGGCCGAGGCUCCAAGCACCUCCUGGAGUGUGAGCGCUGCCGCCACGCUUACCACCCAGCCUGCCUGGGGCCCAGCUACCCAACCCGGGCCACACGCAAACGGCGCCACUGGAUCUGCUCAGCCUGCGUGCGCUGUAAGAGCUGUGGGGCGACUCCAGGCAAGAACUGGGACGUCGAGUGGUCUGGAGAUUACAGCCUCUGCCCCAGGUGCACCCAGCUCUUUGAGAAAGGAAACUACUGCCCAAUCUGCACACGCUGCUAUGAAGACAACGACUAUGAGAGCAAGAUGAUGCAGUGCGCACAGUGUGACCACUGGGUGCAUGCCAAGUGCGAGGGACUUUCAGAUGAAGACUAUGAGAUCCUUUCGGGGCUACCAGACUCGGUGCUGUACACCUGUGGACCGUGUGCUGGGGCCACGCACCCACGCUGGCGAGAGGCCCUGAGUGGGGCCCUGCAGGGGGGCCUGCGCCAGGUGCUUCAGGGCCUGCUGAGCUCCAAGGUGGCGGGCCCACUGCUGCUGUGCACCCAGUGUGGGCAGGAUGGAAAGCAGCUGCACCCAGGGCCCUGCGAUCUGCAAGCCGUGAGUCAGCGCUUUGAGGAAGGCCACUACAAGUCCGUGCACAGCUUUAUGGAGGACGUGGUGGGCAUCCUGAUGAGACACUCAGAAGAAGGGGAGACCCCAGAGCAUCGGGCUGGAGGCCAGACAAAGGGGCUCCUACUGAAGCUGCUAGAGUCUGCGUUCGGCUGGUUCGACGCCCACGACCCCAAGUACUGGCGACGGAGUACCCGGCUGCCAAAUGGAGUCCUUCCCAAUGCUGUGUUGCCCCCCUCCCUGGACCAUGUCUACGCUCAAUGGAGGCAGCAGGAACCAGAGACUCCAGAAUCAGGGCAGCCUCCAGGGGACCCCUCAGCAGCUUUCCAGGGCAAGGAUCCAGCUGCUUUCUCACACCUGGAGGACCCCCGUCAGUGUGCACUCUGCCUCAAAUAUGGGGAUGCGGACUCAAAGGAGGCGGGGCGGCUUCUGUACAUCGGGCAGAAUGAGUGGACACAUGUCAACUGUGCCAUUUGGUCAGCCGAAGUAUUUGAGGAAAACGAUGGUUCCCUUAAGAAUGUACACGCUGCUGUGGCUCGAGGAAGGCAGAUGCGCUGUGAGCUCUGCCUGAAGCCUGGAGCCACGGUGGGAUGCUGCCUUUCCUCCUGCCUCAGCAACUUCCACUUCAUGUGUGCCCGGGCCAGCUACUGCAUCUUCCAGGACGACAAGAAAGUUUUCUGCCAGAAACACACAGACCUGCUGGAUGGCAAGGAGAUCGUGACCCCUGAUGGUUUUGAUGUUCUCCGCCGAGUCUACGUAGACUUCGAGGGCAUCAACUUCAAACGAAAAUUCUUGACGGGACUCGAACCUGAUGCCAUCAAUGUGCUCAUUGGCUCCAUCCGAAUUGACUCCUUGGGUACUCUGUCUGAUCUCUCGGACUGUGAGGGACGGCUCUUUCCCGUUGGCUACCAGUGCUCCCGUCUGUACUGGAGCACGGUGGAUGCUCGGCGGCGCUGCUGGUAUCGGUGCCGAAUACUGGAGUAUCGGCCAUGGGGGCCGAGGGAAGAGCCGGUUCACCUGGAGGCAGCGGAGGAGAACCAGACCAUUGUGCACAGCCCUGCCCCUUCGUCAGAGCCCCCAGAUCAUGUGGACCCCUCACCAGAUACAGAUGCUCUUACCCCGGGAGCUCCUGAGCACCACUCGCCUGUUCAGAACCUGGACUCCACUCUUCGGCCAGAUCCAAGCAGCGCUCCUCCUUCGGUCCCCCGCUCUUUCUCGGGGGCUCGAAUCAAAGUGCCCAACUACUCACCAUCCCGGAGGCCCUUGGGGGGUGUCUCCUUUGGACCCCUGCCCUCCCCCGGAAGUCCGUCUUCUCUGACCCACCACAUCCCUACAGUGGGAGACCCAGACUUCCCAGCUCCCCCUAGACGCUCCCGUCGUCCCAGUCCCCUGACCCCCAGGCUGCCACCAUCACGGCGGGCCUCUCCCCCUCUCAGAACUUCCCCUCAGCUCAGGGUGCCCCCUCCUACCUCAGUCGUUAGAGCCCUCACACCUACCUCAGGGGAGCUGGCUCCCCCUGGCCGGGCCCCGUCUCCUCCACCACCCGCUGAAGACCUGGGCCCAGACUUUGAGGACAUGGAGGUGGUGUCAGGACUGAGUGCUGCUGACCUGGACUUUGCGGCCAGCCUGCUGGGGACUGAGCCCUUCCAGGAAGAGAUUGUGGCUGCAGGGGCAAUGGGAAGCAGCCACGGGGGCCCAGAGGACAGCUCAGAGGAGGAGGCCAGCCCCACCCCCCGCUACGUCCACUUCCCUGUGACUGUGGUGUCUGGCCCUGCCCUGGCCCCCAGCGCCCUCCCUGGAGCCCCUCGCAUCGAACAGCUGGACGGAGUGGAUGAUGGCACAGACAGCGAGGCUGAGGCAGUCCAGCAGCCUCGGGGCCAGGGGACUCCUCCUUCAGGGCCGGGAGCAGGCCGGGCUGGGGUCAUCGGGGCUGCAGGGGACAGGGCUCGACCUCCUGAGGACCUGCCGUCAGAAAUUGUGGAUUUUGUUUUGAAGAACCUAGCGGGGCCUGGGGAGGGGGGUACUGGGCCCAGAGAGGAGCCACUCCCCCCAGCACCUCCCCUGGCCAAUGGCAGCCAGCCCCCGCAAGGCCUGCCCCCUAGCCCAGCUGACCCCACUCGGACGUUUGCCUGGCUCCCUGGGGCCCCAGGGGUCCGGGUGUUGAGCCUGGGCCCUGCCCCAGAGCCCCCCAAACCUGCCACGUCUAAAAUCAUCCUUGUCAACAAGCUGGGGCAAGUGUUUGUGAAGAUGGCUGGGGAGGGUGAGCCUGUCUCCCCCCCAGUGAAGCAGCCGCCUCUGCCCCCUCCCAUUCCCCCCACGGCUCCUGCUUCCUGGACUCUGCCCCCAGGACCCCUGCUGAGUGUGUUGCCAGUGGUGGGAGUAGUCCGCCCCACCCCCCCUCCACCCCCCCCUCCACUGACGCUGGUGUUGAGCAGUGGGCCCCCCAGCCCACCCCGCCAGGCCAUCCGCGUCAAGAGGGUAUCCACCUUCUCUGGCCGUUCCCCACCAGCUCCUCCCCCAAGCAAGACACCCCGGCUGGAGGAAGAUGGAGAGUCCUUGGAGGAUUUCCCCCAGGGUUCAGGGCUUAGUGGCAGCGGGUUUAGCCGAGUGAGGAUGAAAACGCCCACAGUGCGUGGAGUUCUCGAUCUGGAUGAUCCUGGGGAGCCCACUGGGGAGGAAAGCCCAAGGCCCCUCCAGGACCGGUCUCUGCUGCCACUUCCAGAAGGUGGUCCUCCCCGAGCCCCCGAUGGUCCCACUGACCUGCUGCUUGAGUCCCAGUGGCACCACUACUCAGGUGAGGCUUCGAGCUCUGAAGAAGAGCCUCCAUCCCCAGAGGACAAAGAGAACCAGGCCCCGAAACGGGCUGGCCCGCAUCUGCGCUUUGAGAUCAGCAGUGAGGAUGGGUUCAGCGUGGAAGCAGAGAGCUUGGAGGGGGCAUGGAGAACUCUGAUUGAGAAGGUUCAAGAGGCCCGAGGGCAUGCCCGGCUUAGACAUCUCUCCUUUAGUGGAAUGAGUGGGGCAAGGCUCCUUGGCAUCCACCACGAUGCUGUCAUCUUCCUGGCAGAGCAGCUACCCGGGGCCCAGCGCUGCCAGCACUAUAAGUUCCGCUACCACCAGCAGGGAGAGGGCCAGGAAGAACCACCCCUGAACCCUCAUGGGGCAGCCCGUGCCGAGGUCUAUCUCCGAAAGUGCACCUUCGACAUGUUCAACUUCCUGGCCUCCCAGCACCGGGUGCUCCCUGAGGGAGCCACCUGUGACGAGGAAGAGGAUGAGGUGCAGCUCAGGUCAACCAGACGUGCCACCAGCCUGGAGCUGCCCAUGGCCAUGCGCUUUCGCCACCUCAAGAAGACAUCCAAGGAAGCUGUGGGUGUCUACAGAUCUGCCAUCCAUGGGCGGGGCCUGUUCUGUAAGCGCAACAUCGAUGCUGGCGAGAUGGUCAUUGAGUACUCUGGUAUUGUCAUUCGCUCUGUGCUGACUGACAAGCGGGAGAAGUUCUACGAUGGGAAGGGCAUUGGGUGCUAUAUGUUCCGUAUGGAUGACUUUGACGUGGUGGAUGCCACGAUGCAUGGCAACGCCGCCCGCUUCAUCAACCACUCAUGUGAGCCCAACUGCUUCUCUCGAGUCAUUCACGUGGAGGGCCAGAAGCAUAUCGUCAUCUUUGCCCUCCGCCGCAUCCUGCGUGGUGAGGAGCUCACCUAUGACUACAAGUUCCCCAUCGAGGAUGCCAGCAACAAGCUGCCCUGCAACUGUGGCGCCAAGCGCUGCCGUCGGUUCCUUAACUGAAGCCGUGGCUGCCCACCACGCCCCCGCUGCCAUCUUGCCCCUAGCCUGGGGGCUCCCUAGUCCCUCCCAGAGCAUCUCACCCCCACCCUCAUGUUCAGGGUGGAUGUGGGCAUGCAGGUGGCAAGGGCCCUGCCACCACCCCUCCAGCCCACCCAGCAAUCGCCCCCUUUCUGCCCUGGGGGCCCAGGAUGUAGAUAUUGUACAAAGGUUUCUAAAUCCCUUCUUUUCUAUGCACUUUUUUAUUUAAGAGGGUGGGAUCCCUGGUGGGAACCCCCCACAAUAAAGUCUGUCAAUGUUUGGA